CUUUAUUUUGAAGGAUCGGGCCGGAAAUGUUGCUUUAGUUACGACUUGAUAGAACGAGGGAAGCUACAAUCGGUUUCUCUCAGAUAAACCUAACACUUAAGCUUUAGGUACGCUUUAUUCGAUAACGGUGCUUUACGAUGAUAAUCCCCGUCCGGUGUUUCACGUGUGGGAAGAUCGUGGGCAACAAGUGGGAGGCAUACCUGGGCCUACUUCAAGCAGAGUAUACUGAGGGUGAUGCCCUUGAUGCCCUCGGCCUGAAGAGAUACUGUUGUCGGCGGAUGCUCCUUUCUCAUGUGGAUCUUAUUGAGAAAUUGUUGAAUUAUGCUCCAUUGGAGAAGUGAUUGUUACUGGCUACCUUCACAAAUAACAUGAACUUUUAGGCUUGUAGCAUGGACAGAUUGAAUGCCUAUGCCAAAAAUAUUUGUGAGAACAAAUGCCAACUAGAAUAUACAUAUGGAUCUUUGCACCGCCUUGAUGCUUUUUUUCUAAAUAAAAGGGGUUGAAUGACAUUGUCA